AUGCCGGGGAAGCGGCGUUUUAUCUACGCGGACGACGUCCUUGACAAUCUCCCACCGGCGGAUCCCCUUCUCUACAAGCGGCCUCGCUUGCGUGAGCAGGUUUCCCGUGUCGACUCCCCGGAGCUACCUUGGGCCGCUAUGCCAGAGUCGAACAAUGUCUUCUUCAUCAUUAAGGAGGGCUCCUCACCAAGAGAACCCGACUACGACGGCUGCAGCCACUUCACCGGAAGCGCAUCACCGGAGCCGGAACUGCAGCCAGGCCAAUUACUAGACCCAGAACCAGAGCACUUCGCGAGCGCACACUUCAUGGAGAGAACUCACUCGGGCCGAUCUAUCGCCUCGGAUCCGCGCUCCGCCCUGCCAUGUGACGACUUCUCGUAUAAAGAGGACUUGGCUGCUGCUCAGCGAGUCAAGGAAUAUAUGGCAAGCGUUCGCCGAGAUACGAAGUGCGAGCGUAUUCUGAAGAGCCUGAUUCAUCCCAAAUCCAUCAAAGGUGCAGACUUUCCUCUAGACAACGAGGCUCUGUCAAGCAUCUUCCAUGCUGCCAAUGAGAUAUUCUUCCACGGCAAGCUGUCACAGCGGGUGACAUGGGACUGGUCCCACUCGUCCAGCUCGCAGUACGAUAGCAGGAUUAUUGGAACCACUGCCCUGAGAGCUGCGAAAAGGGGCGGCUAUGAGACACUCAUCGUUCUAUCCUCCCCUAUUCUCAAAGACACGCAAUACAACAGGAGGCUUCUCAUCUCCACCUUUCUCCAUGAACUCAUCCACAGUUAUCUCUUCAUCUGCUGUGGGUUUAAAGCCCGAAACUGCGGCGGUCAUACCGCAGGCUUCAAGAAGAUAGCCGAUAUGAUCGACCAGUGGGCUGGAAGAGGAAUUCUGCAUCUCUGUGACAUGGAGGCAGACCUAGAGCAAUUCCGGUCUGUCGAAAGAAGUCCACUUAUUAGAAAUGAUGACGAUUACUGCCCCGACGGUCCAAGUAUCUCUUUCAACGGGAGCUGGAACCGAUCCGGCGGCAACAUCGGCAAUAACAGCAACAACAACAAUAACGAUCGGUGGGGCAACAUCACCAACGAGCUCGUGCCACGGAUUGCUGCCGUGGCCGAACAUUAUACGUUUGCUAACUCAAGACCAUAG